CUGCACCUCCCUCUGCACCACAAACCUCAGCUGUGGCUCUGUGCUGAGAGGCCCUUGGGGCAGUGAGUGACUCAGAGGAGGCCGAGGGAGGGAGCUGGACAAAGGGACUUUCCUGGGCGUGAGAGAGGCUGCUUCUCUGAAACACUUUUCCUCACAACUGUCCUCCCCGCAGGGCACAGCCCCUGGAAUCCUGAGCUGCCAUGGGCUACCCCAAGACGUCCAGAGAAGACAAUGAACGUUGGAAGAUCCGAUUUCACAGCACUUUAGACCGGUGGCUUGAUGAUAUCGAAGUUCAAUCCCAAGGAGAGGAACAGGUGUGUCAGUGUGCUCCCACGCCCUGCUCCCGUAACCUCGGGGGUCGGGUGGUCACGAUGACGAUGAGGAGGAAGAACGUGCCACCUCAGGUCGAUUUAGGCCUAGAAGACCUGGAGGAAAAAUUCAGUGAAAACAUUCUUGACGCCGUGGAGGAGCACCAUCAGAAGAACAACUCAAGACACCCUCCUCCUUCGCUGAAGCCAUCAGGGGCUUUGUGGCCCCAUCACCCCCUGAGGUCACCAUCAUUGUCAGCCGGGACAACCCUCCCAGCUCAUCUCCCAGCUCUCGCCUGUUUCGAGCUACUUCCAUCCAGCAGCCAAGGCCUUGAGGAUUUCCUUGUCAAAGAUGAAGAACUCCCUGCCUGAAAUCCUCCCCAUUCCCACUGUGAAUAAACCCCGCCCCUGGGCUCUAAGGCCCCCUCUGCAUCUGAUACCGACCCUGAUAUCAGUUGCCCCACAUUAAACCCAGCAUAUAUGGGGUUAAAACCAAAACACUCAUUCCCUGUUUACUCUCUGGCUUCCUGGCUCCAGAAUCCACUAUCCUCCGUGGAGACCUACAUGGCCAAGGACAAGCACCUGGAUUAUCUCCUCCCCGCAAAGAGAUAUAGGCUAGUGGGGAAGCUGCUGAUCAGCAAGGUCGUGGGCUCCCUCCUCUCUGCAAGUAGUCUCAAGGCCACAGAUGGGCUGGUGGGAAAGCUCCGACCAGCAAGGCCAUAUGCACCCCCUCCCCUACCUAAAACCC